AUGAACACCAUAGCUAUUAAUCAGAGUCGUCCUGAAGAUAUAACUAUGCGGGAAGACUUCGGUGAAAUUAAUCUUGGGAGACAGGAUGAUGAUUUUGGAGAUUCUGUGUUUGACGAAGUGUCGAGCCGUGAAAUUAUUCGAGAUGCUGACAAAACUUUUGGGGAUAGUAUAUAUCGUGGCAGCGAUCAUUUGUCAAUGCAUCAUGAUACUGACUUUACUUUAAAUCCCGAUCAAGAUCUGGAUGCCACUUUAAUCGAUGUUAAACGAGGAGGAGGCAGACUGUCAGAUAGCGAAAAACCAGUUAAGUCUAUUGAUUCUGCUGCUCACCAUGAUGAUAUCGGAAUCGGUGAUAAUGAAUUUGAUGAUGACUUCUUGGGUGAGUUCUUUCUCACUACCUUCUGUUCAAGUCUCUUCAGAUGUUGUGGACGUGCUUCAUAA